AUGAACGUUUCAUGCGUAGUUUCACCGACUGUUGUUCUGAAGCAGAUGAUAUCUGACUCUGCCAUUAUAGUUGCUGCUGAAUAUAUGGGAACUCGAAAGCUGCCUUUGUUUAUGGAGUUUGGCUGGCUUUUGCCAAAGGCUCGUCAAAGCUUACCUUCAAACAUGUAUAUCUGUGACUCUGAGGCAGCUUGGAAAAGAAGAAGAAGCACACCACAGAUUUUCUCCACCAAACUAGGUAUGACUCCGGUAUCAAUUACAGAGACAAUCUUCCAGUACACUGGGUUAUCUCCGACAGCGUUGUUGACGAUAGCAGCGAUGAUGUUGGUUACUUACAAAUUGGUUUGUAGCAUGUUUGUUUCCCCACAUGACUUUGUCCCUAUCAAAAAGCAACCUCCUCUCCAACUGGGCGAAAUCACGGAAGAGCAACUUUGGGGUUAUAACGGCGCUGAUUCAGAAAAGCCAUUGUUGAUCGCUAUUAAAGGACACAUCUACGACGUCUCUACUUCAAAGAUGUUCUAUGGUCCUGGUGGUUCAUAUGCAAUAUUUGCUGGAAGAGAUGCAAGCCGAGCCUUAGCUCAGUUAUCAUUCAAACCUGAAGAUAUUAAUGGGAACCUUGAAGGCCUUAGUGAUGCUGAACUUGAAAUUCUGCAAGACUGGGAAGAUAAAUUUAUGGAGAAGUAUGCCCGGGUGGGGCAGCUUGUUCCAAAGAAAAGACUAACUGAGAAUAAAGAAGAUGACAAUGCUUGCAGGAUAGAAGAAGUGGCGAAGGCAACGAAAGAAGAUAUGCUGCAGGAGAGUACAAGUGUUGAAGAAUACGUACAGAAAGAUAGCCACCUAUGA